AUGCCGCUCAUCACUGCCACUUUCUUGGCCCUUGCCUUGUGCUUCGCCCCUGCACCUGCAGUGGGUGCAGCCGCGACACUCUCGGCGCCGCGUCCGCUGCGGGGCAACGACACGCUCGUCUCGGCACAGGGCAAGUUCGAGCUCGGCCUCUUCAGCCCGGCCGGUAGCUCCGACGGCAGGUUCUACCUCGGGAUCUGGUACAAGAACAUCCCCGGCCAGACCGUCGUCUGGGUCGGCAACCGCGCGAGUCCUCUGUCUGGCCUCGCCUCCGCCGAGCUCCGUGUCUCCGCCGACGACGGCAACCUCGAGCUCGUCGGUCGCACCAGCGACUCCGCCUCGCCGGUCGUGGUGUGGUCUUCGAACCUCUCUUCUUCCUUGUCGCCAGGCUCAAACAACACAGCGGAGAUCCGCGACAACGGCAACCUGGCCCUUGUCGACGGCGCAAACACCUCCAACGUGCUGUGGCAGAGCUUCGACCACCCCACGGACACGUACUUGCCGGGGGCGUGGCUCGGGGAGAACAAGCUCACCGGUGAGUACCAGGCGCUGACGUCAUGGCGGAACGCCCAGGACCCUGCGCCGGGAAUGUUCUACGACACGUUGGACCCCAAUGGUACCGCCGAAUUCUUCAUGCUGUGGAACCGGUCCCGCAUGUACUGGCGCGGCGGCGUCUGGACGGGCGGCCGCUGGAAGGGCGACGUUGGAGCGGCGACCGGACGGGGCACCAACCUUUACAACACGACGUUCGUCGACACGCCGGCGUUCCGGGGCACCACCACCGUGCUCGCCGACAACGCGACCAUCACGCGCUUGGUGCUCGAUCUCAACGGCCAGAAGAAGCAGUUCGUCUGGGUGCCUGCGAGCCGGAGCUGGCAAUUGUUCUGGGCGGCGCCCACCGUGCAGUGCGACGCGUACGCGCUCUGCGGCACGUUCGGCGUCUGCAACCAGAGGAGCCAGCUGCCGUGCCGGUGCCCGCCCGGGUUCGCUCCGGUGUCGGAGAGGGACUGGACGCUCAGCGACUGGAGCGGCGGGUGCCGCCGGAGCUCGCCGCUCAAGUGCGCGCACAAUGGGUCGACGACGGACGGGUUCCUAGCACUGCCAGACGUGAAGCUCCCGGACGAGCCGCUCGCCAUGACCGCCGCCCAGAGCAAAGCAGAGUGUGAGUCGGCUUGCCAAAAGAACUGUUCAUGCCAGGCAUACGCCUUCUCCGCCGGAGCCGGGGGUUGCUCCGUCUGGCACGGAGACAUCCGCAACCUUGAGCAGCUCUUCCCGGACUCCAGCAGCCCCGGGUCAGACUUUUAUCUCCGGCUUUCACAAAGAGCAUUGCAAGAUCUCCAUAGCGUACACGGGAAGAAAGGUGGGACAAAAUUAUGGCUUGUCUUUGGCAUCACACUGGCCGGUGUAGCAGCAUUGGGCGCGUCGGUCAUACUAGCCUGGAGGAUUCUCCUUGCCCGGAGAAGACUAGUUGUGUACAUGGAGAACGAGAAUGGAUCCUCCUUGGCUGUGUACAGCUACGCCGACCUCCGUGCCGCCACCAACAACUUCUCGGAGCGGUUGGGCGGCGGAGGCUUCGGCUCGGUGUACCGCGGGGUCCUGAAGCAGCAAAAGGGAGGCAACACGACCCAAGUCCAAGUGGCUGUGAAGAAGCUGGAAAGUCUUGCGCGACAGGGUGACAAGCAGUUCCGGGCGGAGGUGAGCACGCUGGGGCUCAUCCAGCACGUGAACCUCGUCCGACUCCUCGGGUUCUGCUCGUCGGGUGACCAGAAGAUGCUCGUGUACGAGUACAUGCCCAGAGGCUCCCUCAACGGCUCCUUUUUCGGCGGCAACGCAUGCCCGAGCUGGAACGACCGAUACUGUAUCAUGCUUGGCGUGGCGAGAGGGCUGACCUAUCUGCACGACGGCUGCCGCGAGCGCAUCAUACACUGCGACAUCAAGCCGGAGAACAUCCUGCUGGACGAGGACAUGUCCCCGAAGAUCGCCGACUUUGGGAUGGCGAAGCUGGUGGGCAGGGAUUUCAGCCGUGCACUGACAACGAUGCGAGGCACCAUAGGGUACCUCGCACCAGAGUGGAUCUCCGGGCAGCCAAUCGGUGCCAAGGCGGACGUGUACAGCUUCGGCAUGGUGCUCUUCGAACUCAUCUCGGGACGACGUAACUCCGAGAGAUAUGGCGAGGUGGAGGCGGCAGGGACUGGGGCGAGGGAGUCCUUGACCUUCUUCCCCGUGUGGGCCGCGGGAAAGGUUGUGGAAGGAGAGGUGGGAGCCGUGGCUGACCCGCGGCUGCACGGCGAGGUGAUGCCGGAGGAGCUGGAGCGGGCGUGCAGGGUGGCGUGCUGGUGCAUCCAGGACGAGGAGGCACAUCGCCCAACCAUGGCGCAGGUCUUGCAAGCGCUCGAGGGCGCCAUCCACGUCUACGUGCCGCCGGUGCCGCGGGCACUGCAGCGCCUCGUCACGUAA